CGUGUACUCUGUACUCACGAUUCUAGAAUGUUCUUCUCGAUUCACAUAGAAUCCAAAUACGACUCGGUACAUUGCCAGAUAUAUAAAUGCAGCUGUUGCUCACCACUUCAGUUACAAUUAAAACACAGUUCAGUAAACUACAGAACUAACGAAGCAAAUAUGUCAAUUAUUCCUUAUUUCUUCAACUACGAUUUACCAAGAUGGCCGCGUCGUCUACUCGACCAGAACUUCGGACUAACACUAAGCCCUCAAGAUUUAUUAUCAGCGAAAGUAAACCCUUUACUACCAAACUACAGUAUGUGGUGGCCACAAAGUACUGAAUCUAGUAUAAAAUUCGACAAAGACAAAUGGCAGAUCAACGUUGAUGUACAACAUUUCGCGCCUGAUGAAAUAACUGUCAAAAUUGCAAAUGGAUACAUUGUUAUUGAUGGAAAACAUGAAGAAAAGAAAGAUGAACACGGUUUUAUAUCCAGACAGUUUGUGAGGCGUUUUAAAUUGCCAGAUGGUAUAAAUCAGGAAGCUAUUGAAUCCAGAUUAUCUUCGGAUGGUGUGUUAACUGUUUUAGCACCAACGACGCCAUGUUUGAAAGGUGAAAGAGUAGUUCCUAUUGCUCACACUGGUCCUGUAAGGAAAGAAUUACAAGAUCCACCCAAAAGUGACGAAGAAACUAAUUAGUUUUUGUGUUUAAUUUUAUAGUGUGUUUGACGAUGAGACUGUUAUUGUUAUAUUAUGUCAUUUAAUUU